AUGUCUGAUCUGGAGAUACUUAGUGAUGGUGUAGGGUUAAAGCCACCGAGUUCCAAGAUAGAGGAACCUUCCAUAGUAAAUGAAACCGCAGUAGAACACGAAAAGCAAGAUCUCGAAUCUACUAUUGUUACCAAAUCACAAUCUGAAGAACAACCUAAACCAAAGGGGAAAUCUGAUGUUUUCAGUAAGGCACUUGAAACAUGGACAGAUAUAGAUCUCCCAUCGCUUCAAAAAAGAUUGGAUGAUCAAGGAAUUGAAUUGAAGGAAGAUCAAAAGAAAUCACUUCUUUUAAGAAAGAAUUUAGCACAAAGAACCAAAGAAUUUAAGAAAUUAUCCGAUGAAGAGAAAUUAGAACAAUUCAAAUCAUUACUUAAACUCUAUCAGAAUGAAAUUGAUUCACUUACUAAUAAAAAGAAGAUAGCUGAGAAUUAUUUUUUUGGAAUUUAUCGACUUAUUGCCGAAGCACCAGAUCCAAGACCUUUAUUAGAAAUCUCAUUAGAUGCUGUGAUUGAAUUCAGUGAAAUAGAUGAAUUAAAGGUACAAAUUGACCGAUUACAAGAUGAGCUUUCACGCAAGGCCGAUUAUGAUCAAUUGAAACAAAGAUUGAUCCGUAAUGAACAGAAACUGGCUGAGAUAUUAAGUAAUCAAUUGAAGGCCAAGGAAGCUGAAUUUAAGGCAGUUAUCGAAGAGAAGGAACUGAAUUGGAAUGAAAAGGAAUUAGCAUACAAUAAACAAGUGAAGGAUGCUAGACAUAAGAUUGAAGAAUUACGUACCUCUAAUGAAGUUGCAGCAUUACAACAACUCAAUUCCAAGGCUAGUGGAGAAGAAGGAUCACCAGCAUCAUCAGCAGCUGUAUUAGCUGAGUUAGAAAUUGUUUCUAGAGAUGCAGAAACUUCUAAACAACGGAUUUUUGAAUUGGAAAAAAGAAAUGAAUCAUUAAGAAGAGAUCUUUCUAAAACACAAAAUGAAUUAGAAAGUCAAGCAUUAAAGGAAGAAUUCAAGAAGAAAGUUAGCGAAUUAGAAGGAGAAAAUGCAUUAUUGAUUGCCAAUUUAGAUCAAACAAGAAGAAAGUUGGAUGAAAGAACUGAACGUCAAACCAUUGAAGUGGAAAAUUUAACCAAACAAUUCAAUCAAUUGAGUCAAGAAACAAUUAAAUUAAAGGAAAAGCUUGAUAAAACUAGUGAUUAUGAUGAAUUAAAGCAAGAGAAUCAAUUGAUGAAACAAAUUGAAUUUGGACUAGAUGCAGAAGAUGAAGAUCAAGAAUCCAAAGAUGGUGAAGAUAUAGAAGAUUCCAAGGGAGUUAAGAGAGGGCUCAAUUCUAUAAUGGUAGUAAGAAAUAAGGAAUUAACUCUGGAAUUGGCGGAUUUAAGAGCAGAACAUGACUCGAUGGUUAAUAAAAUUCAAGAACUCGAACAAGGACUUGCUAAAACAAAUGAAGAAUUGAUACAAACCCAAUUAUUAAAUGAUCGAUUAGAAAAUGAUCUUGCUGAAGUACAAGAUGCAUCAGGAGGGGCAGUAUCUAAUAAUGGAGGUAAUGCAAGAUUUAGUGACAAUAUGUCGAUUAUUUCUGGAGUCACUAAAAUGACUGGGAUUGGAGCAGGAAGUAAUAAAACUCGUAGGAAUGGAAGCAUUACUGGAGCUUCAACUAUUAUGGAGGAUAAUUCAAUUCUUCCAAUCAUUACCAAACAAAGAGAUAGAUUUAGAGAUCGGAAUGCAGAACUUGAAGAAGAAAUCAAGAAACAAUAUAAUUCUAUCAGUGAUUUGAAGAGACAAAUGAAUACUUUGAAAAAGGAUAAUGAAGAAUUAUAUGAACGUACUAGAUACCUUGCAUCAUACAGAAAUGAACUGACAUCAUUUGGAUCGCGUAAUACCAAUGGUAAUAACAACAGACGACUUUUAGAACCAAAGACUAAUGUUCUGGAUCUUGAAAACCCAUACCAAGCUAGUUAUGAAUCAAAAUUACAUCCAAUUGAACAAUUUAGAAUAAGAGAGCAAGAAAGAAUCAACUCAAAACUAUCUCCAUUAGAAAGACUAUUCAUUUCAUUUUCAAGAGCUAUUUUAGCUACCAGAACUACACGAUUAUUAUUUGUGAUCUAUUGUGUUGGGUUGCAUUGUAUUGUGAUGCUUAUCACCAUUUAUGCCAUGGGGUUGAGUACACUGAUGAUUCCAGAAGUUGGGAAAAAUAUGAGCACUGGAGGAGUUGCUAGUGGAUUGACUGGUUCAUCUGACGUAUUGGCAGAUAUUGUGGAGACUAUUUAA